AUGGAACGUCUACCAGUACUCAUCAAGAGCAAUGGACAAUGGAAUGAAGAUCACAAUUAUGUGAACUAUGUGGCUAGUGGAGAAUUCAUACCAACAAAAUGCAAGUACGAAGAGCUACUGCAAAUACUGCUUACUUCAUUGGGGUGCGAAAACACCAGAACAACACUACAAAUACAGUACCAAGCUAAAGAAGGAAUACCACCGAUCAAAAUAUGCAACGAUCGAAGCCUCUACUUUUACUUGGAAUUGAAAAUGAAGGAAACAUAUUUCACGACAUAUCCACUAUGUGUCAACCAGCAAAACAACAACACAACACCUGCUGCAACACCAAAUUCGAUAUCCACAACAACACCGAAUGAAUAUAAUGUGGCAAUGAUCGAAAACAACACAACAACGCUUGAAAACAACAUAACAACAACAGAAUCAUACACAACGGGACAUCAAACAGAAGAAGGGGAAAAGUCAGAAACAAUAGAAGAUGAGGAGGACAAAUUCGACAUAAUUGACUAUGCAAAUCUGGUUGCUGAAGAAAUGGUAGAACAACUUGAAAACACCAGUAAAAAACUGGAUCCAGAAAUCGACAUCAACAAUGCAAAGUUAAUAACAGACAAGCAACACCCCGAAGUGGAAAAAGGACAGGCAUACAAAGACAAAGAAACUCUAAAAAAUGUCCUCAGCUACUACGCAAUCAAAAACAACUUUCAGUACAAAGUGUGGAAGUCCUGCUCUCAAGAGUACAGUCUGAAAUGUGUUUACGAAAGCUGCAAUUGGUCACUAAGAGCAUCGAGAAAUGGGCCAACAAACACAUUCAUAAUCAGGAGCCUUAACAAAUGCCCUGUUUUCACAAUUUGUACUGAAAUACACAUGUUUGGUAUCUGCAACAGGUUCUCAAAUAUGCGCACAUGCCCCAUAAAUAUUAGGCAUGAAGACCAAAGGCAAGCAACAUCGAAACUGAUAGGGGAAUGCAUAAAACCGAAGUUCUUGAACAUAAUGACCAAGGCAACAGCGAUGGACAUAAAAGGGGAGUUGAAAUACAGAUUUGGCAUCAAAAUGAACUAUAUGAAAGCUUGGAGAAGUAAGGAACAUGCAGUAAACGACUUGAGAGGUAAUGCUAGUGACUCGUACAGCCUAAUACCGAGUUUCUUACACAUGGUGGAAAAAACAAACCCUGGAUCAUUUGUCGAUCUGAAAACGGCAGAAGACAACAGCUUGCUCUUUGUUUUCAUGGCGUUGGAUGCAUCCAUAAAAGGGUGGGGAGCAUGCAGACCGAUAGUUGUUGUGGACGGAACGUUCCUCAAAGCAGCUUAUGGGGGAACUUUGUUAGAAAUCUAUCCAGAAAUUGCACACAGUUACUGCGGUUACCACAUUUUGAGCAACCUUAAAACAAGCUUCAAACAACAUGCUGCCAAAUACAAUCUGCCAUUCUUUGGAGCAGUGAAAGCCUACACAGAAAAGCAAUUCGAGUUCCACAUGGCUGAAUUGGAUGGAUUGGACAAACGCAUAAGACCUUACCUCAAAAAAAUCGGGUAUGAAAAGUGGUCAAGAAUUCAUAGCCAAAACAAGAGGUAUUCCACAAUGACCUCAAACAUAUCAGAAUCACUGAACGCUGCAAAUUUGGCAGCAAGGGAGCUACCAAUUACAACGCUGCUAGAAUGCUUGAGAGCAUUGGUGCAACAAUGGACGCAUACUAAUAGGACAAAAGCACACAACACCUUCACUAAGCUAUCACCAACUGGAGAAGACAUACUGUUGAAAAAUUACACAUACUCAUUGAAUCUGGAGGUUACAGCAACAACAGAUUACUUGUUUGAGGUAACAAGAAUGAAAGAAUCGUGGGAAGUAGACCUAGAAAAAAGAACAUGCACGUGCAACAUGUUCCAAAUAGAUGAAAUGCCAUGCGGGCACGCAGUGGCCGUGAUGAGGGAGAUGAACAUGGACCCGUACACCUACUGUUCAGAUUACUAUACAAAAAAAAAUUGGCUGGCAACUUAUUCAGGGACAGUUUACCCAAUAGGACACCAAAGUGAAUGGGAGGUACCGAAAGAAGUGAAAAAUAUUAUAGUCUUGCCUCCACAUGAAAGAGUAAAAUCAGAAAGACCAAAAACAUUAAGAAGGAAGGCUGGAUGGGAAAAGGAUCAACACAACAAGUGCAGCAAAUGUGGUGAACUGGGGCAUAACAAAAGAACCUGCAGCAGAAGACGUAGAAGGGAAUAA